AGUCAAUUCCACCAUAAUGCAGCAGAGCAUAGCAGGUUCCACGAUUCCCAUGAGUAUGUUGAGGACAACUGGACCAGCGCAACAAGCACAACCACAGAUCCAAUCAUUUGCAUCAAACUUCUCUCAUUUACCGAGGGGUAAGUCAUGCAAGAAUUUAAGACCUUAGUGCUAAGCUUAAACAAAUAUCCAUUAAUCUGGCUCAUUUAAGAUGACUGCCAUAUUAUAAAUAUAUAACUAAAAUCUUUUUCUUUGGUGUCUAAUACAAAAAUAACCUUACUUAUUGUCAGAAUUUUCAAAAUGCAAUAAAUCAAACAGAUAUUUUGUGACCUAAGUACUUUUAGUUCAGGGUCUUAAUUCUGAGAUGAAUUAUCUUUCUAAAGAAUGUGAUUUAAGAGCUGCAGUUUCUUUUACAAUUUAUUUCAACGAAAUAAAAAAUGUCCAUUACAUACAAAAAAUAAAAAAUUACGAUACGUUAUUAAGGACUACUGCAUAAGUUUAAAAGAUAAUUAAUUUCUGAGAUAUAAUAUUAUUUAUUUUUCACUUGAGCUUGUUUAUUAUUAUUAUAUUUUUUGUGUGUUCUGGGAUAGCAUAGACAGCUGGGUUUUUAUUGCCAUGCCAACUUGGCAGAAAUCUUCCGAUGUUAGUGAUUGAGGUUUAUUUUAAACUCAUGGAUCCCCAAGGAUAGCUACCUUGCUGGGCUCACAAGUCCAUUCCACUUAUUUACCCAUAUUUGAAACAACUAAGGAAUUUGAACUCUCCACUUCUUGGUUGUGAGACAAAUAACCCGACUGUUUAGCCAAAGUCCCCCUGGGAGUAGAAAAAGCGUUUUGAGAUUAGCAAUCCUUAUGAUUUUUUAAAUAAAAAAAAUAGUAAGAAUUUUUAUGUGAUUGGAAAAAUGUUGCACUGAUAUCCAGUGUUUUUCAGACUAAGAAAGACUUUAACAAGAUUAUUAUAAAUUAGAUAACAAGAUUAUUCUAAAUUAGAUUCUUCUUAGAUUUGUUUAAUAAAUAGUUUAAUAAGAUAUGUUCGAUUUUUCUGGAUGUUAUUUAAUAAAAACAACCUGUUAUAAGGACCGUUACUUACUCAUCAUUUUAAAUGUGUUUAUUCCUUUCAUACUAACAUAUUUAUCAUUGAUAUAUAUAUAUAUACAGGCCCUGCAACACUUACAGUACCUAAAUCUACAACAGUGUUGCGCCAAGUAAAUUCUCCUGCCUUACAAAUACCAGCAGGUGUAAGUCCUUCAUUAUCAUUACCAUUAGCAAGAGCACCUCUCCAUCAAAAUAAGACCACAGCAACACAGGCACCAAGAUCUCAGUCACCUGCGGUUGGAGGGCAACCUGUUCUUCCAGCUCAGCCACAAGAUUUAUCUCGGUAGGUUUUCAAGUUAACUUAUUUUAGCAUGUCGUCAUGAAUUCUCCAAGCAUCCCAUUCCUUAGCAAGUUUCCCAACUAGCCCCAUUUGCUUCUCGUUUGUGUUUCUGCCUCUUUUUUCCUUUUGCCACUGGAAUUCCAGGGAUGUUUUCCUUGGUUUUAUCAGGGUCGUGGCUAUAAAGUGUUUAUUCUUAUAAUUUUGGUUUUUGUAACAUACAGUCUUAUCAACUUGAUAAAUUAUUGACCUGUGUUGUUUAAUUUUGCAUUUAAGCAUGAUUCUUCUGUCAUAAGAGUGCUGGGACAUUGCAAAAUCUCAGUUCUUGAACUAUUUGAAAUUUGCCCAAACAAUUCUAGACUUUAACUUUGGUGUUGUUUCUGUCCUUUCUAGUAAUAAGAAAAAUGUCAAACUCAUGAUGCAGUCUUCUGUGAGCUGAGCCCCACAUAAAACAUGUUUCCUGUUAACUAUCUAACGAGCAUUCCUUAUAUUUCUUCAGUCAUACUUGUGUAUCAUUAUUAUAUCUUUUUAAAAUUUUAUAUAAUUUGAAUUUCCAUGCUAGUAGUUUUUCUGAUUAAUUGUAACCAUUCUUAUGUGCAAUUUUUAAAUCUUGAUUUAAAUAUUCAUGGUCUUAUGAAAUAACAGUAAAGAUCUAUAAUUAUAGUGUUCCUUUACUGGAUUAACAUUUACUUUUCAGCGCAAAUCUUUCCAUUCAUGGAUCUAUUACACCUGUGACACCUGGUCCAUACCCAAUGCACAUUACACUGAACCGUAUGAACACACCUUUAAAUUCCGAUGCCACCGGCCAAGCACGAACUAUAGCUGCCCAAGUGCUGCAAAAUGAUUCUCCCAGUAACCUUCAGCAGCGCAUCAAUGUCUCAUUGUCUGAUUCAAAUAUGCACCAUCGUAUCACUCCUGAUCAUAACAGGCCUGGAAUUUCUUUUGUUUCACAAGCAAAAAAUAAUUCUGCUUUGGGUCCGCAAGGAAAAGUAAUUUCAACUCAAAAUCAAGUACAGCAGGGUCCAUCCAUUAAAUCAGGUAUUUUGAAUAAAUUUAAGUUACCUGAAUUGUUAAAUUUUGAUUAAGUGAUCCAUGAGGAUAUCUUUUCUGUUAUUUUCUGUUAUUUAUAUUUUUUUAGCCCUUAUCUUCUUAUGCAGAUAUGUAGACAUUAUGCUUAAUAGUGGUUUAUUCACUGCAGAACAACAUACAAAAACACACAAUACUUAUUUUAAAAUUUAAUAGUCCUAGUUUUUGAAUUUUUUUAUAUUAAAUUUAAAAACAGCACUGCACUCCACAGAAAAAAGUGCUGAGUGCACAUUAUUAUGUUGGGUUUUUUUAUUGCCGGUUUAGUUUACAAUUUGGUUUACCAUUUUCAUUUAUUUUAUGCUGAAAGAUAUUUCUUUUUCUGAUGCAUGCAAUAUGUAAUAAAUAAUCUAAUUUCACCCAUGUGUUUGUAAACAUCAUGCUAAUAAAAUUUUAAGAUUUUCAUGUGUUAUCAUUCUUAGUCAACCUUGCUGUAUCAACACCAGUGAUGAUUAAUUCAAUGAAUCCUUCUCAAGCAAAUACGACCACUACAAUCGCAUCCUCCACAGCUCCAAUACCUAUAGGUAAGCAGUUGGUUUAAAUUGUUCUCUAAAUAUAUUCUUCAUAGAUUGUCUAACCAUGUUGUCAGCUUUUAAUUUUUAUUUUUUAACAUGAAGGCGAAAGAUGCAUGUUCUUCUAUUGUUAGAACGUAACUAAGCUUUGGUUGGUGCCAUUUACACAGAUAGCUCUUCAGACCCUGAAAAUAUUUCUUUCUCUUUAUUUCAGCUAAAGUCACUCCACAGAGACUUCAUACUGUCUCGGGCAACAUGGCUCAAAUACCAGUCCCACACACUCCAUCAUCAGCCUCUGUAUUAUCUUCCAUAUCAGCGUCCCACACCAAUGCAGUCACAUCUUUAUCAUCCUCUUUGCCUUCAUCCGCCAUCCACUCUGGAGACUUAGAUCCAGCACAUCAUGAUCAGCAAAGUCAUUCUAAUACUGGUGCUAUUAUUGUUACUCCAGAAUAUCAGGUAAUAAGGGUGCCCUUAUGUGCUUUAUUCCAUAGCUUUGUUCCAAUUUAAGAAUUAUCAUGAAUAUUGCUCAAUACCUUGAGAUAUCAUAGGUGUAUUUUGUAUAUUCUGAAUAAUAUUGGGGAGUGGGGGUGUGUGUGUGUUAUUAAUUUGGCUUUUAGUAGAAAAAGAUUCUUGUUUUCAUUUAAAGACCUAAGUUUUUUUCAAAGCUUUUUAUUUUUCUUAAUAAAGUUUAAGGAGCAAAUUAAUUUGUUUCUCAUUUAGUGUGUAGCCCUUGUAAUUUAUUUAAUUAGUGAGUAAUUAAAACCUUUGUAGUUAAAUGAAUGCGUAUAAAUAACUGUCCUCAUAAUUUGAGAAGCAGAAUUAGUAUGUCCUGUUACACUUAAAGGCAAAGGCUAAAUAUUAAUAAAGAACCAAAUAAUUAAAUUUUGUGCACUAUGCUUUUUUUAAAAAAAAAGGAAAGGUGCACUUGAAACUUUCAUAAAGGCAACAAAAAAACAAACUAGCACUUAAGUUUCUCAGGCCAUUGCAAAGCUAUUUCAUGAAAUUGUUCAAUUUUUAUUUACAGAAUUUUUGGUAUUUUGAAAAGGCCUGGGUAAGAGAAUGUAGAGAAAAUGAGUUUAAAGUUUUGGUUUCUUAAAAGAAUAGGAAAUGGAAGAGAAGAAUCCAAACCUUUAAGCACCUUUUUAUUAUCAGGACAUUUAAUUGUAAUAAAAGUUUGUUUUUUUUUUCCUUCUAAUUUUGUAAUUACCUCCUUUGACUGUUGCUCUUUUAUGUCUCCAAUCAGGACAUUUUCUUUACAGAGACAAAAAAAUAAAUUUUUAAGCACAGAGUAAAAUAUUAUGUUUCUUGACUUAUUAAAUCUGACAUUUUGAAAUUGGAAAUAACUUUUAUCUGAGAUACAAUUUGUAAUUCAUUGGUUGCUAAACCUGUUUUUUUUUUUUUUUUUUUAGGACAUUUGAUUUAAAUUUUAAUGUUUUUUUCCCUCUUUUUUCCUCCCAAUUUUUUUUUUCAAGCAAAGAAAUAAAAAAUCGGAAAAGCACAUUUUUUUUUUUUUUUUUUUUUAAUUUCUUUUUUUUUAUAUUCUAUUUGUAUUUUUUUUGUUUCUAAUCCUUUUUUUUUUUUUUUUUUUUUUAGGACAGUUGAUUUAAAGUUGCAUGCUGUUUUCCCUCUCUCUUCCUACCAAUGUUAUUUUUCAAGCAAAGAAAUUAAAUUUUUAGGAAUUUUAAAAAUAUUUUUUUCCCUUUACUUAAAGCUUUGUUCAUUUCAUUAAUAAAGAUAAAAAUGUUUAUUGUCUGAUACAUUUUUUUUCUUCAGAUUUAUGUUAUUUUUAAACAUGACAGGUGUAAGUUUUGUUUCCUAAUAUAUCAAAGCUGCAGUGGUGUCCAUUUAUUUUCUUUCAGACACGUCCCCCUGGAUCUAUCAUUUCACUUCCUUCCUCUAUUGGGACUGCAAUGUCUUCAGCCAUUGUAUCACAAGCAGAAAACAGGUUAGUCAUUUUGAAAGGAAAAUAUUAAAAAACUAACUUUAUACAGAUGGCUCUACUGCUGGUAACACACUGUUUAAAUGAAAGUUGCCUCCCCUUGGAGUUAGACCCCACUUUUUAAUUUAAUCUCUUAAAAACAUCAAUUUAAUUUUGCUCGAAUAUAAGUUCUCAAUGGAUUAAAUUUUACUUCUGUUGUGCUCAGCAAACCAGAGAUAUAAACAAUGGAAUAUAAUUACCCACUAAUAGUUGUAUGUUUAUAUAUAUCUUUAUUAGGGUGUCCCAAAAAAUGAAGUUUUGAAAUGUUGAUGUCUCACCCCACAGAAUAUGUCUGUAUGGUAACAGUAGUUAACCUGCAAAAUUUCAGCUCAUUUGGACAAUGUUUAGAGGUCCCCCAAGAGGUUUAAAGUUCCAGAUUUUGGUGUAAUAUCAUUCGCGGUCAAAUCUAAUCAAGCGUUAAUGUUGCAUUAUAUGCGAAACUGAUAUAUUAAGUAACAAAUUGAUGCUUAGUAUUGUUUAUAAUAUUAAAUGAAACAAAAUAUAUAAAUCUUGAAUGGUUUAUAUUUUCAAAUUUGAAAUUUAAGUAAAAAAUUAUGAAAAACAAAGUUUUUAUUCAUUUUGUCAAGUUAAUUCUUGAAAGAAUGUCAAUCUGCUUGAAAAAUAAUAAUAAGCAAUGCAAUGAAGCAUUCCUAAUAUUUAUCUUGUACUUUUUACCGUAGGGUAGACAAAAAUUAAAAAAAAGUUAUUCAAAUUUAAAUUUUAGCCAGCUGUUCACGAUUACACUCUGCAAAAUUUUUCCGAUGUUUGUCAACGACUUGGAGCAAAAAUUGUUUUUGUUCUUCGUCCUUGGUGAUACUGUCAUUGAAAUGUUGUAUCAAUGCUACACCUCGCUCUGCAGAGUCAUUGAUACAAGCCAGAUUCUUUACAAAAUCUGCUGCAACUUUAAAAGAUGGUGUAUCUGACCAUGCUUCAACAGGAACAUCUAGAAAACUGGCAUCAAUGUUGGAUGUUUCAAAAAAUGUGGUAGAAGCACGCAAAUCAACAACACUUUUUGGUAGUGUUUUUAUGAGAUGCGGUCCACGUUCUGAUUGCAUUGUCCGAACAAGGCCAGUUUUUUCUUUGUCCGACAAAGGGGUUGAAAAUAACACAAGCGUCGACAGUUCCGGACUCAAGUACCACGAGUGACGAACCAUCAUUUUCAAUCCAGUCGAUCGAAGAACAGCAUCAUCAUAUUCGUAAAAGCGCUGUAUCAACAAGUUAUCAUUCACAGGUGCAUCUGCGGUGAGCCUGCUUGAAAACCAUGAUUGAAGAUAAACACAUAUGAUAAACCGAUUAAAGCGCUGAAUACCUUGUAAUUCUCGAGCUGUUAACUGAAAGAUGGUUUCGUUGCCUGCAAACAAUAGUUCGAUUUUCAAUGCAUAGAUUGCUUUCGCCAUCCACCUUGCCCUAUGUAGGGCACCAGGUCUGCGAAUGCUGACAUCAACCUCCAACCCAACCAUUUGUGCAGCAAGCAGAAGAAAUUCCAAAUAAUCAUCACGUGAAUGACUGACCUCAAGUUGACAUUUGAUAAAUUCUUUAAUCGAAUCGGACACGAUUAUCAAAGGGGCGGAUCUGGCUUCGGGUGUGUGGUUUAAUUCUUGCCAUUUUUCUCUAAACCUCUUAAAAAACAAAAUCUCUGGUCCAGUGGAUGGUCCAAGACAAACAUUGAAUGCAUCGGAAAGGAGUACUCCCAACAUGUGAUGACGGCAUGCCAUCCAUAAUAGAUUACGUCCCAGGGCUACUUCUAACAGAGUGCAAGCUCCAUUGAGUCUUCCAGUAUUGGAAGCCGUAAAGUCGAAGCACAUGCCGAUGACCAUAGAUUCGCACUUCCACGAUUUGAUAUGUCCAUAUACUGCAUUAGCAGCUGCCCGUCCUGACCCGGACCCGGAUGCUAACUUGGGAACACCAAGAAGCUUUGUAGUGCCAUCGACAAGUGAUGAGAGCAGGACAGGUAAUCGAUCCACGUUGUUGGUAACCUCUCCGGUAACAUCGGGCAAUAGCUUACCAUCCCAAUGAACAAUUGAUUUUGAGGGAAUAUAGUCUUCUUUUAUACGUGCUGCAGCUUGUUGACGAUGAAGCUUGCGAUGACGAUGCAUUGUGCUCUUGGAAAAUACUGUGUCAGAUGUCGGAACACCAGCUUCGUUGAAUGCGGAUGCAAGUAUCAUUGUAGAUUUUCUAAUGCUGGUGUUCGUUCUGUCCAGCACUGCAGCAACUUUUGGUGAUAUGAUGCUUCGUCUGCGAUGUCGUGUUGCAGAAUUUGUUUUGCUUGAGGAUGCUGAUUGGAUGACAAAUUCUUCAUCAGGUUCUGCAUCGUCACUGGAAUCCCGACAAAUGGAUGAAUCAUAAUUGUUUCUAGCCUGACAAUUUAGCAUGCUUAGUUUAAAACAAUCAAAUCUUCAAAAAAUAUGCACAAGUUUUGCACAUUAGGUAUUUUAUAUGUUUUCUCGCAUUUAUUACAUUUUCUAAUUAAGAAUCACACAAUUUCAUUUCUAGUUAAUGGUAGCAAUGAGGUAUAUAUAAGUAUAUUUAAACUUCAUUUUAUUCAUAUAUGGCAUGCAAAAACUGCAAGUUAUUUGAGCCACGAUUCGUCUGGAUUUUUAUGUUGGCCUAAUACUGGAAUUUUAAAAGCUCUCGGGGGACCUCUAAAUGUUGUUCAAAUGAGCUACAACUUCACCAAUUCACUCAUUGUACCCAAGAGACACAUUUCAGGGGGUGAGACACCAAAGAUUAAAAUUUUUUUUUUUUCCGAGCAUUUCUGGGACGCCCUAAUCUUUAUAUGGCUGCAACUAUUCGUACCCAGGUACCAGAAGUGAGAGGUUGGAAUUAAAAAACUAUUUAAAAUAUUAGUUAAACUGAAGAAGUAAGUUUACAAACAUAUAGUCCAUUCAACUACCUUUCAUUUGAUACCUCAUUUUGUCUUACAAACCCAACAAUAAUAUUUUAAUUUUAAUCCCAACCUCUCACCUCUGGUACCCGGGUACGAAUAGCCACUUCGUUUUCAUAUAUAUGUAUGUGUGUGUAUAUAUCAGAUAUUAAUUGAUAUACAUUUGUAAAAUCAAAAUGUUUUUACUAAUGUUUCAAAGAAAAUUAGUUAAUGCUACAUCUGAGAUUUUUGACAAUUAAAAAAUAAAAUCUUUUCUUGUUAAUGCUUUUAAAGAGAUCUUUACUCGAGAUGUUAACUGCAAUAGAAAUCUGCGUGACAUAAUUAUAAUUUCUUUUAAUAGAUCAAGCAGUCACACUCAACAGCAAUUGAACAUAAGACAUACUGACCCUGUGUGGUAUCAGCAAAUGUUACAACCCGUGGUUAGACCUGGGACCAACUUCUUUAUACAAAACCAAGGCAAAAGUGAGUUUUAAGUAGUUCUUAUUAACUUAUAAAUGGCUCAUCAAGCAAUUGAAAUCAAUUUGAACAAUUUUAAAUAUCUUUAAAAACAAAUGAUAUAGUUUUUUGUUUUUUUUUAAGUCCUCUUCUUCAAAGUUCUUGUUUUGAUGUUUUGAAAAGUCGGUUACAUUAUAAUUAUUUUUAAAAACGUUGCUGCAUCUCAAUUAUUUUUCUUCGAACGUAUAGUCCAAACUCAAAGUGCCAAUUUGGCAGCCAGCCAGUUAGCUGCAAUAUCUGUAGCUUCAUCCAAUGUGAGGUUUAACACAGGGGCAAUGGUUAUGGUGGAUCAGCUGAGGUACCAACAGCAUUCUCUGCACUCACCAUUCAACACUGGAACAACCACAUCAAAUGCCAUGGCUGAGAAAACUGGUGAGUUUUGAAGCUUUGGGAUGAUGUGAAGUGUUUGUGUUUUGUAAUUGCGUGUUUGGUUCGGAGAGUAUUUGUGCAGCUGUUGCUUUGUAUUUUGUGAUGUAUUUGGGUAAGAGGAAACGAGGUUGUUAAAUGGUGUUAUAGAUGGAAAUGAUGGCAGUGGUGGAGUGCUAGAUUUUCGGAGUUGUAUAUUUAAUAAAGAGUCAUUUGCUCUAUAAAACUUUGGUUGUUAAGUAACUAAAUUACCCUAGACAAUGAAGGUAUUGAACUGGUAAUUCCCAGUUCGUAACAUUAAGUUGUGACCUGUCAUAAAAAUAUAAGGCUCUGAUAGUUUUUUUCCUUCAAAUUCAGAUUUUUGUGGUCUUGCUAUUUUCACAGAAGAGAAUUAUGUUUUCUAUGUUUUUAUUUUCAACAAUAAACAUUAACAUACAUAUACAUAAAUACAAGUUCUCAAUAAUGUUGACUUUCUGCUUGCUUCUGGCACACACACUCCGACUACAGUCUCUCUGCGCAUGCAUGCUCUUUGACCUAGUUGGCUAUCGGGUCGGUCUAUUCCGCUAGUCCACUAUAACACCUCCCCGAACAAUUGCAAGUCCAGUAACAAUGGGGCUCAACACGUUGUGUUUGAGAUCUUCUGGGUAUGACAUAGUCUGAAGGUCUUGGAUGUCGAGGGUUAAUCUUCUUGUUAGGUGGACUUGGAGUUGCUGGAUGUGUAGACGGUUGAUGACUCAGGGCUGCCUGAGCUGUUGGGUAAAGACUUCCUGUCAUUAUAUCCAAACCUGGUUCUGAAUCUUCUUCUGCUCCAUACCUGGGGUGAAGUUGGUCUAAAUGAUUCUUCCAUAUGGGACCAUUCAGAUAAAUCUUCUCCUUGAAAAGACGAGGACCCAUAACUUGGAUGAUUGUACCGGUAGCCCAUCGUGGUUUAGGUCUGUUGUUGUUCCAUAUAUUCUGACGUAACAUGGAUCUCCCUUGACUAGGACUUCUACUUGUCCCAUUACGGUCGGCUAUUUCUUUAAGAUGUUGUCCCUGUGCUCGAUGAGCUGGAGAGGGGAAACUAGAGUAUCAAUAAGUGUUCUUAUUUGCCGAUUGUUCAGCAGUUGGCUAGGUGAUAAUCCACUAGCCAAUGGUAAAGUCUUGUAGAGAUUCCUUUAAAGGUAAUGAUGAUUUCUUUAGUGAACUCUUGAAACUUUGAAUCGGUCGUUCGGCAGCUCCAUUCGUAGCAGAAUAAUAGGGAGCGCCUGCGAGAUGUACAAUACCCCUCUCUUUACACCAAUGUUGAAAUUCUUCGGAGAUGAAGCUAGAAGCAUUAUCACUGACUAUGGAGUGUGGAUAGCCGAAAUGAGCAAAAUCUUCCUCCAGAAGAUCAAUGGUGGCUUUGGUCGAUGUAGAUGUUGUCUUGUGGAUGCACGGAUACUUUGAAUAAGCAUCUAUCAUCACCAGCCAAUGUGAUCCCUUAAAGUUAAUAACUCAAUAACUCAAUUUGGAGAUGGUGUCGGUGGUCAUCAUGCUGUGAGCUCUUAAAACCCCCUCCGGCACACCCCCACAUGGGACGACGCCGGAUCUGCCCACCGCCACACUGUGCGGAAGAGUGUCGGAGACCUCCCCCUCGAGCUUAGGGAAUGUCCGGUCGACCAUACACACUCCUCUCAGAAUGUGGACAGUCCACUCUCCAUGGAUUCAGAACGGCUCUGCUUCCUCUCCGGAGGAAGGGUGUUUCGUUACCCUCCCCCACCCCCCAGGGAGUUGUUCGGUCUAGACGUAGCGUGGCAGGACGAAACGGUGGCCUAGGAGUGGCUUUCUCAGGGCAGCGUACUUUAAAUCCUCUGCCAGGUUUUAUUGCCACCCAAGCCUCAUAUCCAUUAUCGGCGACAAGUAAUCAUGUUAGUGCGCUUCUUCCGUUGCGUUGGAAGUCAUGCAAGUGGUUGGGAUCUUUUAGCUUCAGGAUGGAACCUCCCUACCCGGUCUUCCAUGCCGCUCAGAGGCAAGAUCUGGUGUGACACCGCCGAGUCACCUCGGUGGUGUGGUUCACUGACCUAGAGGCGUUUGGUCAGGUCAUUCCCGAAAUCCUAAAGUUAAUGGUCGAUAUGCACACGACUCCAUGAUUUUACUGGCAGCAUCCAUGGGUGGAUACUUGCUUUGUUUGGGUCUCUGGCGUGUUCUGUACAUGCCUGGCAUGUUCGACCUAUCUCCAUGAUUUGAGCAUCAAGCCUGGGCCAGUAUACAGAUGAUCUGGCUGUUUCAUUCGCUCGAUUCCAACAUGUCCUGUAUGCAGGAUUUGGAGAACCGCUUUGUUUGUAGAGGGCGACCAGCUCUCUUGACAAUAUCUCAUUUCUGUAGACACAGUAGAAUCUUUAAAUGACUCUUUAGCAAGGACUCCUGGCUCUGUUGGUCUGAUCUGUAAACUGAUUUGUUUGAUCAUACAUACAGAAUGGGUGCUGGGUAGCUGAGUGGUCUAAACUGAGCAAAUCUCAAGUUGGUGAUCUGGAGAUCAAUUCCACCCGAAGGCCAGUCAAGCAAAAAACAUCACCGGGUAGAUGGGACUCGUUAACAUUGGAUGGCGACUCAUCUAAGAAAAGGAAACUCUGAAAUCAAACCCGGAGAUGGAGUCUUGAAAGGCGGAUAACAUUGUACUUAACAUAUACUGGGCUCAAUGUGGGUUGUCCCAGCUUUCGCCAAACAGAUUCAGACAUAAAAUUUUCUCCGGCUCCGGUGUCAAUUUCGAAUGCAAACCUCUUUCCUUCUAAAAGUAGUUCUUGAAAAUUGGGUGGGAUAGUUUUUAUUUUGUUUUGCCUUUUUAUUCUUUUGAGAUAAAUUGGUUUCUGUUUUGGAGCAUUCUCCUUCUUAUUAAGACAAACUCUUUCUAGAUGUCCUCUCUUGUGGCAAAAGUGGCAGAUCAUGUCUUAAUACUUGCAGAAAUUUCCUUUAUAGCCUCUUCCUCCACACCUGCCACAAGUUCCAAUCGGAAAAUCCUGUCUUUGAGAUGGAGAAAAUUUCUCUGCUGUUUGAUGUUGCUUAUUUCUUUUUGUCUUAAGUUUAUUGAUAGGAGAGGGCUGUUUCUUUGGCACAUUUCGCUGCCUCCUCUGUUUCAACAGCUAUUUCUACUAUCUGGUCAAAUGAUAAUUCAGUGUCCUUCAUCCAAAACAAAAUUUUCAUUACAGCCUCGUUCUUUACAGAACACAUGAAUCUUGUUCGUAAAGCUUGAUAAGUGCCUGCAUCCUGUCUUAUUCUAGCUGCCAAUUCUUUGAUUUUCUCCCCUGGUUUCCUACUUGAAUCAGACCAAAAUUUGAAUCUUUCCCUGAUCACAAAUUUGGUUGGAUCGAACUGAUCCAUCAUUACCACAUAUAUUUCUUCCAUGGUUAAAUCAUUUAAAUUUUGUGGUGGGUCUCUUUGUUGUACUAGCGUUGACAACAUUUUAUGGAGUUCUGGCCUUUCGCUGGUUAAGAAAAUUUGUGCCUUCUUCUCCUUUGGCACAUUAUUUGCUAACACCAAGGUCACAUGCGUAGUAGUCUGUGAAUGUUUCCUCAUUACUAUUGAAACUUGUGAAUUUCAUAUUACUAGCCGUAUGCCCCGUUGCUAGUUUUAACAGUAACUCAUUCUGCUGAAUCAGCCUUUGAAAUAUGUCCAUUUGGGUCAGAUAUGACUCAUGACAGAUUUGGGUCAUUGUGUGUAGUAUAUCUCUUCAGUUAUAUGAAGUUCCUGGUGUGUGUCAGUCUAACACUAGUCAAUUCUGGGUUGUACUGAGUUGUGCUAAGUUGUAUUGAGUUAUACUGUGUUGUAGAGACUGGCCACCAUUUUUGUUUUCUAUGUUUUUAUUUCCAACAAUAAACAUUAACAAAAAUAUACAUAAAUACCAGUUCUCAAUAAUGUUGACUUUCUCCUUGCUUCCGGAACACACUGCUCAUUCACACACAUUCUGACUACAGUCUCUCUGCACAUGCAUGCUCUUUUUAGUUUUGUUUUAAUGCAGUUGAAAAUUUUUGCAUUCUUCAUCAUCAUUUAGGCUCAUUGUCCAGAGCUACUGUUUCAAGUAGUAUCUACACUGCAUCUGUUGGUGUCCAGUCUCAAUUACAAGGUGGAGGUGGAGGAACAGUCAGCGUUUCUUCUGGCCUUAGUGCUGUCCCUGUCACGAACCCAAGUUCUUCACCUAGGCCAAGUAUUCUGCGGAAACGUACAAGUGAAGCGUGAGAAUUUUUUUGAUGCACAUGUUGAUAACAAUUGAUUUAUUAUGUUGGCGAUAUGAGUGUUUUCACAAGAUUAUUGAUUGGAAAGCCACUAAUUAGUUUUAACCAAACUUAAUUUUCUUCAUUGUAUCAUAUGAAAAUAUCUGGACUAAAUAAUAUCUAUGUAAUCAAGGAAAUAACAUUGAACAUUAUUCCACAUGUAUAGUUUUUCAUCUAUCUCACACAUGGGAAACACUGUUAUAGGCCAUCAAAACUGAGCGAAUUAACCUUUUAAAAUUAAAAAAAAAAAAACUUUAAUUUUUUUCAAGCAUUAUAUUGCUCUCUUAGCUAACACCCAGGUAAUGCUCAUUUGAAAUUAUUUCAGAGCUGGUGUGGUGAUAAGAAAACCAAAUUUCAAUUUAAACCAAGACAGUAGAUGUCACAGUCCACCCAGGGUUGAUACGAACAACUCUGGGUUGAGUUCUCCAAAAAUAUCUACCAAGUAAGUAGUUUAUUUUGUUAUUGUUUUGCAAUUUCAUUGCAAGCUCUCAUUAAAACUAUUAAACUUGAAACAAAAAACUUCCUAUUUAAUGGCAAAGUUUUGUUUGGUGUCAGAAGUAUAGGUUUAACAUUUCAUAUAUUUGGAAACACACAAAAAAAGUCUAAUAAUGAUUUGUUGCUUGUAGAAAUUUUUCCCCAUUGAGUGAGAAUAGCCAGUCAUCAACAGAUACCGCCCUUUCUUCCAAUGAUGCAACCACCCCAACUCACAACCACAACAAUAAAGGGAAAGGAGAAGGGGAAGACUGUAUUGAAAAUGGUAUGCUAAAAAAUUAAAUACUUUUAAUGAACUUGAGAAACUCUGAAGCAAUUCUGGCUUCUUUUUGAUAAUUCUUAUUUCUUCCCUUUGAUGUUUUCUCUCUUUUUCCUUUCACUCCUUUCUUUUCUAUGUUUAAAUUUUAAUUAACCCUUCUCAAAUUACUUUAUCAUUCAUUUCUGGGUGGCUUCUGUGGAAUAACAUAUGUUAGUCUUCUUGAAAGGUGUAGACUAAAACAGUCUAUCAAUGAAAAUAUAUUUUUGUCAUGGGUAUGUUUGCUUAGAUGUCCAAAACAAUAUACUUUUUCAAAAAAAAAUUUAAUUUGAAUUUAUUAUCUAUAGAAUUUUGUCAAUUUUUUCAAUAGUAUUUUAUAUUUUGACCAGAUGAACAGUUUAGUGUAACUUCAAUAACUUCAACAAAAAUGUACAAAAAUGUUUCGCAGGUCCAUCAACAUCAACUUCGAUGUUGAAUAAUAUUCCAGCAUCGCCUGCCGUCAGCCAUACAGGAAGUCUUUCAGAAGCAUCACCAAGAAAACGAGCUCGAAAACAAUUAUUGUAAGAUAUUUUAAACAUUCCCAGUUGUUGUGAAUUAAGCUUUCUAGCCUUCCCAUGCGUAGCGAGCACUGAAACAUAAAGAACAUUGAAACAUUCCCAACACUAAGUCAUAGCCAGCACUACAUCAUAGUCAGCACUGAAACUUAGCAAGUACUUAGACAAUGCCUGCCAGCUGGGAAAAUACCUGUGAUACUAGAUAUAAUGCUUUCCAGUAGGGAUCAACCGGGGUGCUUUCCAGUAGGGAUCAACCGGGUAGACAUUUUCACUGGGUAUCAUCCAGGUUUUUUCUGACUACUAUUAUCAGCCAAAUCUGGGUGCGAAUCAGGGUACUUAUUCUUCCAUAUACAAAGCUAAACAAGAUUCAUGAUGAAAUAUACCCUAGGUUACUGCAUAAAAUGUGACACGCCAUGUCCCUAUAUAAUACACUCUGUAAUCUAUUAAUAAUACAAUAUGAAUUAACGAAAUCAAUACUUAUUUUUAAAUAAAUUUUUAAAAUCCUUAAAAUUAUUAUAUUUAAAUUGAACUUUGGUCAUACCGAUACAACUAUACUAGUAUCCCUUCAAAGGGGUGCUACUAAAUGUACUUAUGUUAUGCACAAAUGCUAUGAGCACUUGGUCACCCAAUGAUUGCAUUGUCAUUAAUUUAUAUCAUUUACUGGUAAUGGUAAAUUUCUUUCACGAGCACAUAUUGUGAACCCCCACAAUUAACUCUUUGUAUCGACAUUGUGCAUAGUGUGACGUGACGUACGUUGUCUAGGGGUCGGUCCCCUCUGUACUAGCCACAGAACAAUUUUACAAGGGUCUAGAACCCCUUUAUUUCCAGCUCCUACAGAGCUGACUCUUGCUCCAAGUAUCAACAAACAAUUCAGGGUUUCAGGUUUUCUUAUUUAUUGGCUAUGUGUGCCUAUAUGCCACUACACAAAACAGUUAAAGUUACACAAGUCCUCUUCCAUCCGUAGAAAAACUCACUCCUUUAUCAAGACAGAAGUCAUACACCAUAUCCACAGCACUCGCCACUGUUCCCUCCUUAAAAACUCACUCACACACGUGGUUCCUCCUGACACAGCACACAGGUCAUACCUUGACCGAGAAAAAUAAAAACCCGUGGGGCACACGAGGAAAAGAAACUCACCCAAAUUAACAUUAUAAAAGUUGACACAGAAAACCUCACGCGAUCUGACCGUGACACAUAGAGUUUAAAAAAAACCUAUCCACGUGACUUUUCUUAAUAAUAAUAAUAAUAAUAAUAAGUGGUCUUAUAUAGCACGGUACCCCAGCCUAGGGCUGGGCUCACCGCCCUGUACAUAAAUAUAGCAAAGAGGCAUAAUCAUAAUAUUAAAAUAAAAUACAUAAAUGAAAUAAAAACAACAUAUAAGCAAAACAACACCAGAGGUAUAUUCACCCACCCACAUCAGAAAUUUUUACAAGGAAACCCAUGUACGUUUAUUGGUUUUUCUUCCGGUAUAAAGAAAAAAAUUAAUGAUUAGACUUAAACUUGUUAACUUUCUAAAGUGGGAUGAUAUUGACUUGACUUUGAUAAUUUUAAUAUAGGAUUCUUAAUUAGUCUUAAUUUAAGUCCAUUUUUUAAAAUACAAAAUUAGUGUGGACUGAUCUUAAAAAACCUCAAAAUUUGAUGACAAUCCGACUUUAAUUUAAAGGUUGUGAUGUAUUCAUUUGGGAGGGAUGUAAAUAUGUUAGAAUGUCUUUGGCAGCUAACUCUGAGGGGUGAUUAUUUAUGACUUCUCUUCUGGCUAUGUUAUUUUUUGUGUAAUACAUAGUGGUAAGUAGUAUUUUUACUGGCUUAAACCAUGUAGUGCUGCUAAUGAGUUUUUCCCUUGGUUUUUCGAGGGAUUGGACUACAAGGCACACAUUUAAAAUUCAUGCAGUUUUUAAAUUAAAAUUCGUAUCCCCAUUGGUAGUAUUUGCCGAAGCAAGUUCUUGAAAAAAAAAACUAAAUAUAUAUGGUGCGGGGCGAGUGCCAGAGGCCAUUUUCAUCGUUCCCAUCCAUCCUGUGUGAUAGCAUUAUAAUGAAAGUUGUGACCCAAUACAUUUUCUGUUUUUCGUUUUAAGUAUGGAUUUAAAAAUGUUUUUAAUAUAAUUUUUGGAAAUUUAGACAUUUUAAGUUACAGCUUUGAUGUCUUAAUAUGCAAUUUCCGGCUAGCAUCAAGAUGGCUGCCUUACGAUUUUAUGUGUACCGAAAUUGUUAAAAAACAGGAAAGUGUUGUGUACUGGGGGGGGGGGGGGGUUAGUAAGGUCAAGCUUUUCACCAUUGUUGUUUUUAAAUGUAUAUUUUUCUGUUAUUGCUAAUUUUUAUGUGAAGCGCAGUGAGCCUAGCCCUAGUCUGGGGUAUUGCACGCUUUAUAAAACCACUUAUAUUAAUAAUAAUAAUUAUAAUAAGAAGACAAGAAUUUAUUUAAAUAAGGUAACUGUUUAAUCUGGCAGAAAUUGGAUCCUAACCUUUUUAUGUAAAUGAAAAUGUGUUGAAUAGCGUAUAGUAAAUAAGCUAUUUUUACGUUUGUAUCCUCAUUUCUGUUGUAAUUUUAAACUCGUUCAACAAAUUGUUACAACAAAGCCACAUUUCUUCCAGACAUGCUAAUGAAGAGCUCAAGGACAACAACUCUUCAUCUGAUGAGGAAUUGGAGAAUAAUCCCCAUCAGCAUAGAGAGGAAGCUGUUAAGGAGCAGAGAGCUAAAGAGAAAGAAAUCAGGGGAGGUAUGUUAAAAAAAAGUAUUCCACAAUGAUUUCGAGUUAAGUCUUUAUUUGUGUUUAUCUUGUGAAAUACAUAAAACAUAACUGAAAUCACAUAGUGAAUGGUAUCAAUGACAUAUAAAAUGACUUUCUUAUAUGCAACAGUUAAUGCUCUUAGGUAAAUUAGCAGAAAGGUAGCACUGAAAAUACUCAACUUCAUUUGACCGACUGUUGCUGUUAUUUGACUAACUUUUUGUGUUGUUUCCCCCCAUUGCCAGAGUACACUGACGAGGAAGGUGUGAGGUGGGUCUUGAAUAAACCAAAGCCAACCUAUGUCCUCCUACAGCCAGAGUUUAUCAACAAUAAAACCAAAAACAACCAUUUCAUUCGUUACUCAGAUGUCAAACCUAAGGGUAAGCACCAGUUUAAAUUCAUGAUUUCAUUCUGUUUCUGUCCUGACUAAUUUCUCUCUCCUUAAUGUUACCCUUAUUCAUUUUUUUUUUAUAUUUUCUUUCUCUCCCUUUUUAUAUAUAUAUAUAUAUAUAUAUAUAUAUAUAUAUAUAUAUAUAUAUAUACACUAUAUAAAUAUAUACACUAGUAGAUAUACCCGGCAUUUGCCUGCAGAGCAUUCGGAAUGAAGGAACUUCUACAGUCUACAGCCUUAUAAUUAUUCCGAUCCCAGUGGGCUCCCAAUCCCGCCGGUAUCCCGCUCCCGUUAGUAUACCGUUUCCCAGUGGGAUUCCGAUCCCUCUGGAUCCCAAUUCAGGUAUGAUCCCAGUUCCGUCAGUAUUCCGAUCCCGGUGGUAUCUUGAUACCAGUGGGAUAACGAUGGGAUCCCGAUAUCGGUGGGGUACCAAUCUCUAUAGGUUUUAGUUUUCCGUUAGGAACCUAUCCGAGUGGGAUCCCAAUCCCAUUAGGAUCCCGAUCCCGUUAGUAUUCCGUUUCCUGGUGGGAUCCUCUUCUUUGAUAGGAUCCCAUUUCCUGAUAGGAUCCCGAUCCCGGUUUUAUGGCGUUACCGUUGUGUUCAUUUUACUGCUGGAUCUUGUUAACUUUACUAUAAGCGUUUAUAUCCCUUUAUAAUUUAUAUAUCCCCGUAGAACUAUAUAGGAAUUUCUGGGAAUUUCAAAUUUCAAGAUAAAAUUUAAUAACCUCCUCGAAACUUGCAAACAAUAAUUUUAUAAGUAAUAAUUUUUUGAACUGGAAAAAUUAUGCAACUAAAUGCACUGCUAUAGCUAUAAUUUUUAUUAAAUUAAAAAAUUUUUUUUUGCUGGCAUACGUCCGUCACAAUGUGACGAUGGUGUGGGCUUCAAAGGACGAAAUCCACAAGGCCUGGGAUUAUUCUUCUAGGAUUAUAAGCAGGUUCCCAACAGCAAAUCGCCUCUCUCCAUGCCGCUGGAUAACCCAAGGGAACAUCAAGGGAUGAUACAGCUUGGCACCACUGGCAUCGCAGGAGUUGUCAGAAUGUUUCAUUGUACCAAUGUUAUUUCAAUUCUGGGUGCUGAGGGGCUGAGUGGUCUAAUCAGGGCAAAUCUCAAGUUGGUUGUCUGGAGUUCAAUUCCAGCCAAAGCCCAGUCAAGCAAAAACAUCACUAGCACCCCGAGAAGAUGAGACUCGUUUACCUUGGAUAGCAACUCAUCUAAGAGAAGGAAACUCUGAAUUCAAACCCGGAGAUGGAGUCCCGUAGGCGGUAUAGCUAUAAUAUACAUUUAAGCUAAAAUUGGGGGCCCAGUGGGGGUCCAUUCCAUAAUUUUACAGAAUCAGUUUUGCCUGAGAUGGGGAACUCCAUAAAAAUCAUUCAGAUAAAUUAUGGAGUUAAAAUUUAAAAUUUGCCCCAUUAAAAUCUAUUAAAUAAUGCCAGAGAUAUAGCCUUUUAAAAUUAUCAAAUUUUCUGGAAAAUUCUAGAUGGGAUAUUAUUAGUUUAUAAUCCACCGAUAAAAUCAUUACGGACAGAGAAGUGUACUGCUACCAUCCUAGAUAUAUAUCCAUCAAUUCACAUAGAACAUAUAAGUUUUAAAAGCCUAUUAUGAGUUCAAUAUUCUUCAGUAUUUGAAUAAGGAUAAUCAAGUGUAUGUGUACUAAGUUUGGUCAUGAUCCAUAUAUUCAUUAAGCCUAUUGAUAUUUACAGAGCUUAUAUAAGGAAAAAUGAAACGGGGUUCCCAGCCCCAGAGGAAUGGAUAUUAUGAGCUCAGUACCCUCUGGUAUUUGAAUAUGGAAAAAGGAAGUGUAUGGAUAAUCAAGUGUAUGUGUAUUGAGUUUUGUCAAUAUCCAUCUAUUCAUGGAGGAUUAUUUGUAGGUCAUUUAUAUGGCUAUAUGUGCCGUGUUUGGUCAAAAUCCAUCACUCCAUGUAAAAGCCUUUGUUGAACAGACAGACGGACAAAUGUUCACUUUUAUAUAAAUAUAAAUUUUUUUAUGAACAAGCAUCUUUUUUAUGUACCUGAUGGUUUCAGGUCAUCCAGGUGACUGCAGUGAUAUUUUUACGACAUACAUAAGCAACAAAUUAUAAGAUAUUAAUGACAUUACAACAUUAAGAAUAAUACAUUCCAAUGAGUUUUUUUCCAUUUACAGAGGAAAGAAGGCCAACGGUGCAUGAGCUUUCUAAUCAAAGAGGAAUUACUCAGAAGGUCAAUGGCUGGAAACUAUACUUUACUGCCUCACAGUUAGAGGAAUUGGUAAAUACGACAGUCUUUUUGAUUAAACUUAAAUUUAAUUGCUAACAUAUUUGGUUCUGAAAAUGUAAGCGUAAUGAGCUAUUGGUAAUAUUACUUUAGUUGUAAUGGGGUAUGGUAAUAUUACUUUAGUCGUAAUGGGGUAUUGUUAAUAUUACUUAAGUUGUAAUGGGGUAUUGGUAAAAUUUCUUUAGUCAUAAUGGAGUAUUGGUAAUAUUACCGAAGUCGUGCAAAGUAGAGUAGAUAUCGGUUCUGUUAAUGUUAACUGCCCAAACAUAUUUUAUAAUAAAGGCAACAUUGAGACAAGUGUUGUCAAAUGCUUCAUCCUCUACAUCCAAUUGUAUUACAUUCUUUUCCACUAAAUUUUUCUUUUUUUUGUCUUUUCUCCAACAGAUGGAUGUGGAGAGGGAUAUGCAGGAACAGUUCUCUGAAGUGCAGGCAGCCUUAGCACAGAUACCCACACAUAAAAUGAACAGCGAAGAAGCAAUUAAAAUUCAUGAAAUGUCCCAAGUGAGUCACUGUCUCAGAAAUAUGAAUGCUCAGCUCAGAAUAUUGAAUGCUCAGAAUAUUGAAUGCUCAUAAUAUUAUUGAAUGCUCAGAAUAUCGAAUGCUCAGAAUAUCAAAUGCUCAGAAUAUCAAAUGCUCAGAAUAUCAAAUGCUCAGAAUAUCAAAUGCUCAGAAUAUCAAAUGCUCAGAAUAUCGAAUGCUCAGAAUAUCGAAUGCUCAGAAUAUGGAAUGCUCAGAAUAUCGAAUGCUCAGAAUAUCGAAUGCUCAGAAUAUCAAAUGCUCAGAAUAUCAAAUGCUCAGCAUUAAAACAUCAUAAAGCCAUAACCUUCACUGACUGAAAAAUCUACACAAUUUUUAACCUGGAUAUCUUCAAAACCUCUGCAUCUAAAAUUGUAUCAGUUUAUUGGAUUCAAUGGAAUCUUUGUAAUCGAUAAAAUUUGAUGAUUCAAUGUAGUAUAAAUAGUUAUUAUGGUUGUUAAAUUCAAGACUUUAUAUUAGUUGUCUGGAUUUUUACUGAGACAUUUUUUAGCUGUCUUGAUUUAUACUGAGACAUUGGUUAGUUGUCUUGAUUUGUACUAGGACAGCUGUCUUCAUUGGUAUUGGGACCAAUGUUCCCUUUAAGCUGCGCGGCCGCACAGUAAUCUCACAGACGCAGCACAGCAGUUUUGAGUAAGUUUUGAGUACCGCGCAGCUAAUUUCCACUUAAGUGUGUGUUUGUAUCUGUAGGCUGUAAAAUUUUGCGCACAAAAAAAAUUGAUGCUGUAAAAAUUUGAUCACAACUUUAUGAUUUUGCACACGAACCAACAAACCUUAGAGGGAACAUUGAUUGGGACAUACUAAAAGUUAUCUUCUUUGUACUGAGACAAUGUUUAGUUACUUGAUUUGUAAUAGGACAUAUUUGUCUACAUUUGUACUGGACUUAGUUGUCUUGAUCUGUGCUAGGACAUAGUUGUCUACAUUUGUUCUGGUUGUCUUGAUCUGUACUGGACAUAGUUGUCUACAUUUGUACUGGGACAUUGCUUCAUUUGUCUUGGGACAUAGAAAUUAGUUGUCUUCAUUUUUAAUGGCAAAUAGUUGUCUAAAUUUGUUAUGUGAAUAGUUGACUUGAUUUGUACUGGGAUAUUAAUUGUCUUAAUUUGUGCAGGGACAUUUGUGAUCUAAAUUGUACAUGGCCAUCAGCGGUCUUAAUUUGUACAUUGUAAAUUGACCCCCUAAAAAAAAAACAGGUAGUACUGAGGUCCCCAAAUCCUUGAUCUUAAAAUUGAAAAAUUGAUAUUCCAAAAGAGAAUUGUUGAGAAAAAAAUAAAUGAGUUUAACUUAAUUAAUUAAGAUGUACUUUGAUAUCAUUUGCAUUUUAUUACUACACCAUUCUAACGCAAUCCGUUUGAACAUCAUUCCAACGCAAUCCGCUUGAACACCAUUUCAACGCAAGCCGUUUGAACCAUGUAUUUUACUUGUUUUUCCAAGGAAGCAUCUGUUCUGAAAAAUGAUUCAUUCUUUUCACAGGCAAAUAUUCAAAGAUGUGAAUUGAUACAAAAUCAGCUGACUGAUGCCAGGGCCUCCAUGAUAAGAACAUUGGAGCACAAGCCCCGUAUUCAGGAAAUUGUAAGCAAGCAUGUCAGCAAGAGGCCCAUAAAGAAAAAAGAAAGAACGUAGCCCAGGUUUUAACAAUAAUUUUUUUUUCAAGUAUGAGUUUUUAUUGACAGUUGUGAUAAAUGUGAUGUGAAUUUGUUGAAGACUAGAGAUCAUCUGCGUGAAUGUUCCGGGUAUAGUAUUGUUUUAUUUAGGUGACAAAUUGAAAUAUACAUGACAGUAGAUUGGUUUAUGAAGGUGAGUAAAUUAAUCAGUGCUCGAACAAAACAUGAGAAUCACUUAUAAUUUGAUGGUAGAUAAUUCAUUUGCCGUUUUUUAAAAGCAUGGUCUCAACUGUGUGGUUAUAAAUUAAUUCUCACCUUUCUGUUGAAAAGAUUCAUGAUUUUUUA